UUGUAUUAAAGCAUAAUUUUAAUAUCCCUCAAGUUGAUUAAGAGUUACAAGUUAUACAAGAUUUGCUUCUGGUAUUGAGUUUACAGUGUUACUCCAUCACUGCAUCAGAAGCUUCUUGAAACACAGUUAUGCUUCUGCAUCUUCAGCACUGCAGGCUACAAGGCCAGCCAGUACUGCUGCGCCUGCUGCCAAGCUGCUGCCAGCACAACCUGCAGUGCAGCACUUCAUCUGACCAGACAAUCUCAUUAGACCCUGAGUGGGCAAAACUGGCCAAAAAGCAACUGAAAGGAGCUGAUCCUGCAGAGAAGUUGCUCUGGCACACACCUGAGGGCAUUACUGUUAAGCCUCUCUACACAAACAAAGAUGUCAAACAAAGCGUGUAUGAAGAGCUGCCCGGGAAGCACCCAUACACAAGAGGGCCAUACCCUACAAUGUAUGCAAAUAGGCCCUGGACAAUCAGGCAAUAUGCUGGCUUUAGCACAGUUGAAGACAGCAACAAGUUCUACAGAGAAAACAUUAAGGCUGGCCAACAGGGCCUCUCUGUGGCCUUUGAUCUUGCAACACAUAGAGGGUAUGACUCAGACAACCCACGCGUGCAUGGUGACGUAGGCAUGGCAGGCGUGGCCAUAGACUCGGUGGAGGACAUGAAGGCGCUGUUUGAAGGCAUCCCCUUGGGGCGCAUGAGCGUCUCUAUGACCAUGAAUGGAGCAGUCCUUCCAAUCCUAGCCAUGUUUGUAGUGGCUGGUCAGGAACAGGGCGUGAAGACAGAGGAGCUCUCAGGCACCAUCCAGAAUGACAUCUUGAAGGAAUUCAUGGUGCGCAACACGUACAUAUUUCCUCCCGAGCCUUCCAUGCGCAUCAUUGGUGACAUCUUUAAGUACACUGCUCAGAACAUGCCGAAGUACAACAGCAUCAGCAUCAGCGGCUACCACAUGCAGGAGGCGGGUGCCAACGCUGUGCUUGAAAUGGCCUUCACACUCGCGGAUGGCUUGCAGUAUUGCCAGACGGGCCUCGAGGCGGGCCUCAACAUCGAUCAGUUCGCCCCUCGUCUCUCAUUCUUCUGGGGCGUCGGCAUGAACUUUUAUAUGGAAAUAGCGAAAAUGCGAGCAGCGCGACGGCUGUGGGCUGAACUCAUCCAAGAGCAAUUCUCCCCUAAGGACGCACGCAGCUGCUUGCUCAGAACUCACAGCCAGACCUCAGGCUGGUCACUCACUGAGCAGGACCCAUACAACAACCUGAUCCGGACGACGGUGGAGGCGAUGGCCGCGGUGUUCGGAGGCACUCAGUCCCUGCACACGAACAGCUUCGACGAGGCCCUGGCGCUGCCCACGCCCUUCAGUGCAAGACUUGCCCGCAACACGCAGCUUAUCCUGCAGGAGGAGACUGGCAUAUCCAAGAUCAUAGACCCGUGGGCGGGCUCGUACGCGAUCGAGGCGCUCACGGACCAGCUUUGCGAGGCCGGCAUGAAAGUCAUCCGCCAGGUGCAGGAGAUGGGCGGCAUGGCUAAGGCUGUGGCCUCAGGCUGGGCUAAACUGCAGAUAGAAGAGUGUGCUGCUAAGAGACAGGCGAUGAUCGACAGCGGCAAAGAGGUCAUCGUGGGUGUAAACAAGUACAGGCUGGAGAAGGAGGACGACAUCGAUGUGCUGGUCGUUAAUAACGAGAGCGUCCGCAGCCAACAGAUCAACAAACUCAAGCAGUUACGUGAGUCACGUGACACCGAAGCUGUGACGGCAGCUCUAGCGGCGGUCACGUCAGCUGCACGUAACAGCGACAACAACCUGAUGGCGGCCGCCGUGGAGGCGGCGCGCUGUCGGGCCACCGUUGGGGAGAUCACCGAGGCCAUGGCGGAGGUGUGGGGACGUCACGUGGCCAGCGACAGGCUGGUGUCUGGGGCGUACAGCUCCCAGUACGGCGACAACGACGAUAUCGCCCGCGUUAUGCGACAGGUUGAUGAGUUCGUGGCCGCGGAGGGCCGCAGGCCCCGCAUCCUCGUGGCAAAAAUGGGCCAAGAUGGCCACGAUCGCGGGGCCAAAGUCAUCGCUACGGGCUUUGCUGAUAUGGGCUUUGAUGUGGAUGUAGGACCACUCUUUCAGACAGCGGAGGAGGUUGCCCAGCAGGCGGUGGAUGCUGACGUCCACGUGGUGGGCGCCUCGAGCCUAGCGGCGGGCCACCGCACGCUCGUGCCGCAGCUGGUGGCGGCGCUGCAGGCGGCGGGACGACCAGACAUUAAGGUGGUGGCGGGCGGUGUUAUACCGCCGCAAGACUAUGAGUUCCUCAAGAAUAGUGGCGUCGCCGCCAUCUUUGGUCCUGUGCUGCUGCUGGUGUUGCUUGCUAGUGCUGCUGCGGCACUAGACCUUUCCAAGAGUAAUGGAGCUACUCAGACCCGCCACAACGGCCAUUCCAGAGCUACUCAGACCCGCCACAACGUCCCAGAACUACUCAGGCUCACGACAAAAUUCAUUAUAUCCCCACGAGACGAGCGUCUCGCUGAGUCUGGAUACAUCGUCAACUCUGCACCCAUCUUCUAG